AUGACGUCCCCCAGAGUGACAUCCCCCAAGGCGACGCCCCCCAAAGCGACUCCAUCGUUGGCCAGUCCGUUUGAGUCUAAUGAGACAACUCCAACGCGAAUCGAGCAACAAGACACGCCUGCCUCGACCCCAAGAAAGAGAAAAUUCGUCGCAGAGCAACAUCGUGACAAUGUUGCUGCUACCGCUAAAGCUUUCCUCAAGUCACAACUGUUGGAAGAUAUUGAAGGGUUGAGAGAGUGCAUCAAAAGCCUCGUCGAAGCCAUUGACGGCGCUAACGACCCAAAAUCUUCCAAGCUCUCGAUCACGAGCAUGCAGGCGUCGGAAAUUGAAAGUAUGAGGACUGUUUCUGAUAUCUUUGGGUUUGGUUGGGAUCGCAACGGCGGCCCCCAAAACUGGGAUGUCGGCCAAAGAGCCAUAUCAGUCGACAAACUCAUUGAUGAUUUGAUCACGAGGGUACUCAAGGCUCCAUUCUGGAAUUCGGAACGCUGCGAGGCUCUUUGUCGAACCCCUAUUGACCUAGUCCUGUUCGAGAGAAUCGAAGCUCACCAUAAUGAGAUGGUCGCGCGGCGUAUUGCCGUACAUGGAGAGUACGACGUUAUCGCCACCUCAGAGACCCACCUUAUCUCUGGCCGAGUUGACUACGCGAUAGGAUAUGAUCCAUAUCCUUUCAGAGUCAAGAGGGAAUUCGAAAGCUAUCUCGUAGUAGUGGAAGCCAAAACCAAGGCCAAAUUUCAUUCUGGAAUGCCCCAAGCCAUCGUAUAUAUGAUGGCUGCCUCCCAGGAUCGAGCCAGACUGAGACCAGAGCGAAUAGUUAACGUCAUCUAUGGUAUAGUUUCUGACGGUUAUCAAUGGCAAUUCCUGCGCCUGGAGAAUGGUUCGAUUAUUACUUCUAAUACAUAUUCGAUGGAGAGAGAAUCAGAUAGAAAGAAGAUCUUCUCGUUUGUGGAUGUAAUCAUCACGGCCUGCAUAGAAGCUUCACCUCACACAAGCCCCCGCCGAACUUUCCCAUUGACACAGAUGCAGUGGCCUGACGCAAUUGAACGCCCCAUUUUCGAAAUUCUGGAUGAACUCCAAGAACCUAGCUCUGAAACCGACCAAAUUUGGAGUGAGAUUCGGCGAUCUGGUCCCAAUGUUGAGCUUGUUCCCAUCCGUCCAAAAGGACUUGAUGACGUGCCGUCCUAA